CUAACAAAUGAACAAUUUGAUACCCUUGCUUACCUGUAGGUAACAUCCAGAGCAAGUCACAUAAGCACCAUUUUCCAUUGGCUGGCUGUGUGUCAGCCUUCAACCAAUUUGCCUGUUCCCAAGUUGACCCACGUACUAUUGCUUUUCCCGGCAGUCAGCUUACAUGCUUAUAUUAUGUAGGCGAGGCCACCACCGGCUCUAAUAGUUACUUGCUCUGACCCAAUAGGGUCUUUGGCAAAUGCCGAACGAUAACCGGGGCCUAGAUGGCCCUGAUGAAUCAGCAACAACUUUUGGGAGCUUGCCGCCCCCUAAAGCAACGAAGUAUGCAUGGAUGCCCUCGAACGAAAAGGUCAACCAUGAGAACUUCCAUCGCAUGUUGGAGGAGUACAGGACGACGAAGAAGCGUGAGCGGGACCUGGAGAUGAAGAUUAAACAGCUAGGUGCGCAGCUCGCACGCACGGAGGAGGCUGCCAAGCGUGCUCUGGUCCAAACGGAUUCGACCGCCAAGGGCGGAGCAGCGCAGAAGCUGCUAGACGCGGAACGUGCCAUCGCCAAGCUGCGUGCGGAGAAUGCGGACUUGACUAGCAAGCUUGCCAGGGAGAAGAAGCGCUCCGCCGACUACAAGUCCCUAGCAGAUACGCACAAGCAGCGGCUGGACUCCUUCCUUCGCGACCAGCGCCACCUGGUGAAGCGCGUGGGCGAGCUGGAGCGCAGCCAGGCGGCGGUGAAGCGGCGGCCGGAGGAGGAGUUCUGGGGCGAGGAGGCGGGGCGGCGCUUCGUGGCGCAGCAGGAGGAGCUGGUGGCGCUGAAGGAGGAGAAUGCGGCGCUGAAGCAGCUGAUGGAGUCGGAUGGCCCGGUGGCCCAGUGCAAGGCGUACGAGGGGCAGAUCAACGAGCUGCAGAACCUGGUCAAGUUCUACGAGCGGAAGCUGGCAGCGUUGGUGGAGUCGGGGGCAGCGGCUGCGGCAGAGGCUGCGGCCAGCGGCCCCGGCCCCGAGGACUGGGUGUUGGAGGAGUUCUGGCACAACGACGAGAUGUACCUGUUGGACCGCAAGACCGGCAAGCUCUUCACCGUGCCCGGGGACAACAGCUACCCCAGGCCGCUGGGAAUCCGCAACGCCAAGGACGUGCGGCUGGGCUGCCACAACAGCAUGGAGCGCUUCCUUGCUACCCUGGACUCCUACCUCGUCAACAACGCAGCGCGCCUGCAGGAGGUGUUUGCGCAGUUCGACGCAGACAACAGCGGGCAGCUGAACCGCCGCGAGACGGCUCGGCUGCUGAUGGCGCUUAUGCCGGACCUGAACCAAGUCCAAGUUGAGGAGCUGCGGCUGAUGCUGGAUGCGGACGGCAACGGGCUGAUCAGCCUGCAGGAGCUGCUGGACUGCAUCAAGGAGGCGUUCGCGGCACGCACCGCUGCCAAGGUGGGCCGCAACAUCGAGGUCAACGACGCACUGGACCGAAUCCGGGAUGUACUGCGGCUGAACAAAAAGGCGGUCGCAGAGGCGUUUGAGCAGAUGGACAGCGACAAGGACAGCUGCCUCUCGCACCUGGACGCGGUGAAGCUGCUGCACAAGUUCCUGCCAGACAUGGUUCCCCGGGAGGUCCGCUACCUGCUGUCCAAGCUGCAGCAGUGGGACGUGGUGGGCGAGGGGCGGCUGAGCUGCGAGGAGCUGUACCAGGCGCUGGAGCUGGCGCGCGUGUUCAGAGUGGGGCUGGGGCUGGCGGGCGCGCAGCGGACUGCUUCGCCGGAGCGCUCGGCGGCACGGGGCGUGUCCCCCACCAAGGUUCACGGCGGGGUGGCCCCCCCUUCCGCCGUGCCCGCCCUCCGUGCCAGCGCCCGGGUCACUGGUGGCGGGGGCGGAGGCAUGAAGGAGGCGUUCAUGCGGGAGAGGGUCACGCAGCUGGAGGCGGAGCUGCGGGAGGCCAACCGUCGGAACUCGGAGCUGGAGGACGACAGCAAGAAGGUUGAGGUGCUGCAACGUGACGUGGCGCUGUACAAGGCGCGCAUAGAGGAGCUGGAGCGCGACUUCAUGCGCAUCGACGUGCUGGGCAACAUGGAGGGGCUGGGCGGCAGCGGCGCGCCUGGGGACGAGCAGCUGAAGAAGGCGUGGGAGAUUGCGUCCACGUUCAAGAAGAGGUUCCUGGAGCACAAGGGCGAGCUGGACAACAUCCGGCUCAUGUAUGCGCGCAUGCAGGCGCAGCUGGACGACACACACAAGCUGCUGCACGAGGAGCACCGCAAGCGAUUCAAGUUGGAGGAUGAGAUCACGCGUCUUAACGUGGACCUCAUGCGCAUCGGCGAUCUGGAGUCCAGACUCACGCAUGAAAAGGGCGAGCGCAUCAAAUUGGAGCGGGAGUACCUGGCCCUGCAGCAGAAGGCGCUCAGCGCACCCGGGGAGGCGCUGGCGGAGGUGCGGUCGCUGCGCGAGGAGCUGUUCGCGGUGAAGCGGGAGAAGGCCACAGCACAGCAGAAGGAGGCGGAGGUGCGCCUGGAGCUGAGCCACGUGCGGUCGCUGCUGGACGGCAUGAACGCGGAGUCGUACCGAGUCAUGCAGGACGAGAGCGACGGCAUGAAGAAGCGCGUGGCGUCACUCACCCUGGAGCUGCAGGCGGCCAGGGACAAGCUGGCGGUGUACAUGAGGACGGCGCCCUUAACGAGCAACCUGGGAGCGGAUCUGCUGUUGGAAGACGACCUGCUGUCUGGCAGCAGCGACCGGCGGCCCGACGCGGACAAGAGCCCUGAGGAGCUGCGUCGGGAGCUCAUCCAGCUGCGGGACGUAUGGCGGCUGGACCAGGGGGAGAUCAAGAAGCUGCACAAGGUGUUGGAGACCGAAUCCGCCAUUACGCUCGAGGCCAAGGCCGCACUGGAGGAGGCUCACCGUGAAAUGGAGCGACUCAAGAGGGACCUGCAGGGAGACCUGCGAAAGAUGGAGCGCGAGUUGGAGCGUCGCGAUGAGAAGAUCCGCAAGUUGGAGCUGCAGCUGCGCGGCGCCUACAGCGGCAUCAACCGGGCACUGCGCUCCAGCACCCGCGGGGCGCGGGGCGGCGCCGGCGGGCUGCGCGACUCGCUGCGCUCUGACACCGACGACUUUAGCGAAAUCGCGGAGGAGCAGAACGUGUUUGAGCUGCAUGUCACGGAGGCGCAGAUCUACGAGGAGGCCCUGGGCAAGGACCCCUCCGUCUUCUUCACCUUUGACUUCUUCAUGCACGAGACGCAGGCCACCCCCGUGCUCGCCUCCAACGCGCCCUCCUUCAACACCCUCAUCCAGUACGUGGUUGACUCCGACCCCUUCCUGCUGGAGUACCUGGACUCCCACGUGAUGGCGCUGGAGCUGUGUCGCGCGCGGGGCUACGACUACGACGUGCUGGGUGUGGCGCGGGUGCCGCUGCGGCAGGUGCUGGAGGACCUGGAGAUCGGAGCAGCCCUGGGCUACAACCGCGCCUACCAUUACGCCGACGUGUUCGGAGCGGACGGCCGCCGCUUGGGCCGCGUGCGCUACGGCUACUGCUUCCGGCGUCCGCUGGACUCGCUGCUGCAGGAAUACCGGGCGCAGGCUCGCAGCAAGCGCGCAGCGGAACCCGACGAGAGGGAUCCCGCCACGGGCGCGGUGCAGCAGGCGCUCACCCAGGCCGGCGCCAGCAGCUGCAUCAAGGUCAUCAUUGAGCGCUGCGAGCAGCUGCUGCCGGCGGGCGGCUCGGCGGCCACCAUGCGGCCCUACGUGCACUACAGGUUCCCCGGCCACCGGCAGUACCACGACACCCGAACGCUAGCCGGCGCCUCCCCCGUCUUCAACGACGAGGCGGUGUGGCCCAUCGCACGCACCACCGCCCUGGAGGCAGACCUGCGCACCCGCAACCUCACGCUGGUGGUGUUUGAUGAUGCACAGAGCGACGACCCGCUUCGUGCCAUCGUGGGUGUGGCUAGCGUGCCGCUGGCGGGGCUGGCCAGCGGGGUGCCUGUGGAGGGCGCCUUCAAGCUCACCAACCCCGUCACACGCCAGCCGGCGGGGCGGCUGGUGUUGGGACUGGGCUGGCACAACCCGCUGCAGCUGCCGGGAGCGCCACCGAAAGCUCCCGCCCCCAAGGUGCCCAUCAGCAGUGAGCUGCGCGACGAGGGGGCGCCUCCCGACUUCAGCAUGGCUGCCAACAUACAGGAGCUGCUGCCGGUGUCCGGCCCAUCCAGCUGGGGAGCGGGUGGGCGCAGUGGCAUGCUGCAGCACCCGCCACCGCCACCGCCGUCACGGCCAGGUGCCGGACUGCUGCCGCCGUCCCAGUACCCUCAGCAGCAGCAGCAAGGUCGGCAGCCGGCGGGAGGUCCGGGCGCCUACGAUGGCCACGGCUUGCUGGCGGAGCUAGGCGGCAACGCACCCUCCGGCGAUGGUUUCGGCCUGGCUGCAGCAUCCCGGGGCCCCCACCCGCAUCCCUCCCAGCCACCACCCCAGCAUCACCCACACCCACACACGUACGGCGCCAGCGGUGCGGGCGGUGGCGGCGGCGGUAGCGGCUUCGGACUGGCAGCAGAGGCAGCAGCACGACAACAGCCGCCGCAGCGGCCGGCCGCAGGUAGUUUUGGCCUUGACGCGGAAGCCCAUGCAGACCAGUACUCGCGUCAUUACCAGCAGCAGCAGCAGCAGUCGUCGUACGGGCAGCAGCAAUCCCCGCUUAGACCGCAACCCUACCAGCAGCCAUCUGCCCUCUCCGGCCGGAACCCCCCCGACUCCUAUGGUCUGGGUGCUGAGAUGGCGGUAGCAGGGGGAGGGCCCAUGGGGCCAGGAGCAGGGCUUGGGCAGCAGCAACAGCAGCGGCAGGGCUCCUUUAGCCGCCCGACACUGCCUGGGGGGCUGCCGCCGCCGCCGCAGCCGCUGGCUCCCAGCGGCGCUGGCGGGCGGUACGGCGGUAGCGAGUAUGCGGGUGCUGCCUUGGGUGGAGAUGGAGGUUCCCGGCGGCCGAACGACGGCGCAUUUGGGCUGGAGGUGGAGGCGGCAGGCCCUGCUCGCGGCGGCCGACCGCCCUCCCGGCAGCACUCGGGCGGGCUGGUGCAGCAGCAGCAGCCCCCCCAGCGGGAGGAGGGCUUCGGGCUGGGAGCCGAGCUGCAGGAGGACACCAGCAGCUCCUCACCACCGCCAAGGAGCAUGAUGCUGUCCAGUCGAGCCGGCGGUCGCUCCCGCUACGCUGACACUGAGCUCUCGCUGGAAGCCGCCGGGCCGCGAGGUGUCAGCAGCGGCUCCGCGGUCGGGGGCGCUGCUCCCAUGCUGCCGCCCUCGCAGCUACUGCCGCCACAGCAGUACCCGCAGCAGCAGCAGCAGCAAUAUCCCCAGCAGCAGCAGCUGCCGCCGCCUGAUGCUGCGCUGGACCCUGUGUUGCGGCGGGAGCGGGCGGAGCCGGCCUUCUGGUCGGGCCUGGAGCACCGGUUGGUGCUGUGCCUGCAUUCCCUGGAGCUCACGCCAGAGGCGCUGCGCAACCCCCGGCUGCGCAACGUGGUGCUGAUGCACUCGCUGCUGAGCGAGCAGGGCGGCGGCAUCAGCGAGCUGGACACCUGCACGCAGCCGCUGCCAAAGGGCCCGGGGGAGCUGCAACUGGGCUACUGCGUGUCGUACAAUGUGCUGGCGCCCACCGCCGCUUCCGAGCUGCAUUCGUCGCUGUCUGGCGCGGAGGAUUUCUCGCUGGAGGUCAAGCUGAUGAGCACCGCCGCAUCGCGACUGGACAUGAGCAGCAUCGCACAGCCGGGGACGCUGCAGACGGCCGGCUACUGCAUGCUUCCGCUGGCAGACAUCUGGUCAGGCCGGCGGGGCAACCUCAUUCAGGAGCGCAUCGAGAUCCUGGAGGACAGCGAUGACAUGGCGCAUGUCGCCACCCUCACGGUGACGCUGAUGGCGGAGGCGGCCCUGCGCACCCUGCGGCAGCAGCAGAUGCGGCGCUGAGGGGGAGGGCGAGCUAGAUAUCGCGGAAAUGAGUAACAGGAGAGCCGUGGGCAAUGUAAGGGGCACUGGGAAGCGUGCAUACUCGGCGGGGCAUGGCUAAUAUGUUAUGCAACGUUACAAUCAGAAACGUAUGGUGGUUAAUAUUAUCCUGGGCGAGCGGCUACUGAAGGUGUGGCGGAAUCGGCAUAAUCGGAAGACACCGAUUAUCUGUGCGCGGUCUCGCAUUCCUGUAAAAAUAUUCCGAGGAAUCUGCACUUUGUUACGGCAUCUAC